CUUCAAUUCCCAAUCCUUCACAGACUACUCUGUGUGUAUGUAUGCACCAUGAUCACCUGAAGCAGGAAUCCGAAGGCUCCGGUAUCUCCACCGCGGCGGCGACGACGACUCCUUGCUUCUGCGGUGACCGAUUCCUGCGAUUCGCGUUCGCAUUCGAUUGAUCGGAGAGACUGCUUCAGCUAUUGACCUCAGAGAAUGAUUUCAUUUACAAAUGGUGGCUUGUCUAAUGAGGUCUCAUAUAAGCGGCCCUUGGAGAAUGGUUUUAUGCCUAAAUAUAAUCCCAGGAAAGUAUCUGCCAUCCGUGAUUUUCCGCCUGGGUGUGGGCCCAAUGCAGUGCCAGUGAAUUCGAGAUCAGAAGAAAGUUUUGCUGGUGAGGUGGCUGGGAGUAGAGAGGCUCUAGGCGCCGCAAGCAGUAGCAUAGACGUACACCUGGCUAUGAUGUUUGAUAAACUAAUCGAAAAGGCAAAUGAGAAUGUGGGAAAUGGGGAAAAAACGAUAAUACACGGCCUCACAGAUGAAGUUCAGGAAGCGAUGCUAGAACCAGAUCUUGUUGGAGUUGACAUUGUGAAGAACAUAGAUACUCUUGAUCAUUCUGGAUCUCAACUAGUGGUGGAAGAGUUAAAGGAGGAUCAUGGUGUAGCUUCAUUUCAGAACUCUAGUGUUGAGGUGGAUAAGUCCUUAGGUGGUCCUCGGGAAUCUUCUGCCAUUUGUGGUAGUAUUCAGCACAAAGACAAAUACCGUCCUAGAAGAGUAUCUGCUGUUCGCGAUUUCCCUCCACAAUGUGGCAUAUAUGUUUCUUCAUUGAUUGAGGAAGAAAAGAGGAUGGCUACCCCAGAAUUGAUUCCAGAACCAAUUAUGCUGACCGAUGUCUCAGAGAUGGAGAUAACAAGUGAGAUGCUCAGGACCUUUGAUGAAUGUCUUGAUGGGCUUCACAAUGUUCGUGUUGAAAUUGAAGAAAGCGAAACAUUGGAUGCUAACGCGGGAAGGGGAUUGCUAGGAGAAAUGACAGUGGCCACAGCAGAAGGGGGCGUGAUGGAAUUUGAAGAGUACAGCAGAGAUUUAGAGCACGACAUCACUGAAACAAAUGGAGCGUCCACAGGAUCAUAUACUAUGUCUAAGGCAAUGGUGAAUAUCAGGAUUGAGGAUGCCAGAGCUUCAGUUGGGAAAGAAAUUGCCACUUUUUCACCAGAUAGAAAUGAUAAAGAUAUAACUCCACCUAGUGAUUUUAGCUCCAGGAAUGACUUAAACAGGGAGCUUGUACAUGGUUUGAUUGCUGCUCCACUUGGCUCAUGGAGGAAAUUAAAAGCUGCUAUAAGCAGCCCAGAUGGCUCAAAGGAUGAUGUUGAUAGGAAGGUUGUUCAUGGUGUAAGGGGGAAGAAGGAGACAACAAUAUCCAACUCACAUGGAGGGACAAGUGGAGCAAAAAAGAGGAAGCAUAUUUUGUUUUGGCAACAGAAGGGCAAUGCUGUUGCCAGAAAAAGUAAACCUGAAAUUAAAUCUCCGGGCUUGUCUUCUAAGAAGAAGAAAAAGGUUCGUAUGUUCAAUGAUAUAAUUAACGGGUCUGGUUCUUUGACACUUAAAGAUGAUGGUGGUCAUGAUGGAGAUUCUGCUACAACUUUUUCUUCCAGCCGCAACCUAAAAGAAUAUGAAAUAAACUUCCCUCGCUUUGGCCCUCGCUUUGGUCCCAAGAAUUCUUCUCGUGGUGAUGACCGUAACAGAGUGAGAGAAACUCUUCGGUUGUUCAAUGUUACUUGUAGAAAGCUCUUGCAACUAGAAGAAGAAGAAGAAGCGAACCCGACUGAAGGAGAGGAAGGAAGAUCAAAGCUGCAGGGCCGAAAAGGCAAAAAUAGGAUUGAUCUAAAGGCUGCAACGGCGCUCAAGAGGAACAAAAAAUACGUAAAUACAACUAAAAGGAUUGGAGCAGUUCCGGGUGUUGAAGUGGGCGACGAAUUUCAAUACAGAGUGGAGCUUGCUGUUGUUGGCAUUCACUUCCCAUUCCAGUCUGGUAUAGAUAGUAUGAAGGUUAAUGAACUUCUACUUGCUACCAGUAUAGUUACUUCCGGUGCUUAUAACGAUGACGUGGAGAAUGCUGAUGUUUUAAGAUACAGUGGGCAAGGUGGAAAUGUCGUUGGUAACAGUAAGUCUAAACAACCUGAGGAUCAGAAGCUCAGAGGGGGGAAUUUGGCUUUAAAGAAUUGUAUUGAUACAAAGACACCAGUGCGUGUUGUUCGCGGUUGGAGAGAAAUGAAAUAUGUUGACCCUCUGGAUUCCAAGCCUAAAUUGGUCACUACUUAUGUUUAUGAUGGCCUAUACACUGUGACAGAUUGCUUUACAGAAAAAGGGCCACAUGGUAAGAAGGUUUUUAUGUUUGAUCUGAGGAGGAACCCUGGUCAGCCUGAUCUUGCUUGGAAAGAAUUGAAGAAGUCGAGUAAGUGCAAGACCCGCCUAGGAGUGUGUGUCGCUGACAUUUCUUAUGGAAAAGAGCGCAUUCCUAUUUGCGCGGUGAACAAUAUAGACAAUGGAAAACCGCCUCCAUUCAACUACAUCUCAAAGAUGAUGUACCCUGAUUGGUACCGUCCGGUCCCCCCAGAAGGUUGCAAUUGUGUCGGGCGAUGUUCUGCCAUGGAAAAAUGUGCAUGUGCAGAUAGAAAUGGGGGCGCAAUCCCAUACAAUCAUAAUGGCGCUCUAGUUGAAACUAAGACUCUAGUAUACGAGUGUGGUCCUCAUUGUAAAUGCCCCCCUUCCUGCUACAAUAGGGCCACACAACGCGGCAUCAAGUUUCAGCUCGAGAUCUUCAAGACAGAGUGGAGAGGCUGGGGUGUGAGGGCCCUGACUUCUAUACCUUCCGGAAGCUUCAUAUGUGAGUACGCAGGAGAACUUCUUGAAGAUAAAGAAGCUGAGGAAAGAAUUGGCUAUGAUGAGUAUCUCUUUGACAUCGGCCAGAAUCUUCAAGAUUCUUCCCCCACCAAUUCUGAUGAUGAUGAAACAGUUGCUGAGGUUAAAGGAGGAGGUUUCACAGUUGAUGCAUUGACAUAUGGGAAUGUUGGGAGGUUCAUUAAUCACAGCUGUGCACCCAACCUCUGGGCGCAAAAUGUGAUUUAUGACAAUAAAGACAAGAGAAUGCCCCAUGUGAUGCUUUUCGCGAUGGAGAACAUUCCGCCUCUCCAGGAGCUCACCUAUUGUUACAACUACUCUCUGGGUCAGAUCCGCGACUCUGCGGGAAACGUCAAGGUGAAGAACUGUUACUGCGGUGCUGCAGGGUGUACCGGCAGGUUAUACUAAGGUGUUUGGGAUUAUGCUGUUCAUGCCUAUAUCUUUCUUCGAUUUCUAUGUUGCUAACAUGUGUUUGUGGCUCCAAGUUCUAAAUGAAUGAAUUGCCUAUACCUAACUGCAGCACAAUUUUUAUGUGCUUGGCUACGCUACCUGACUUGUAGGAUGUACAUUCUCGGAAGAUCGAAGGACUUUGGCAGCAUGAAUUCUCUGUAAGCAUUGUACAUUUUGAUGCAUAGUUAUGGUCUCAAAUACUGAAUCCUCUGUAAACAUUGUACAUUUUGAUGCAUGGCGCAAAUACCUUGCUUAAGGUUUGAUGAUUAGCACCUGUUUUUAAGCAUUUUGCUUGAAGAGUUGAAGCCAUAACUGAAAAUAUGCAUAAAUCUUAGGUUUCUCUCGGUUUUA